AUGUCUUCCACCUCGUCCGUCCAGCUGAAUGUACGCAACACGGCAUGUCAGAGCACUAACUUGAAAUGCACUGACAGACGAUCUCAACGUGAAGCCAAAGUGACGACCUUAGCGCUGCGUUCCAGACCCACCGCCUCUGCUACGUUGACAUGCACUUGCCAAGCCAGCUCGUCUCCUUUGUCGACUUCAUCUUCAGACUCUCAAGCUCGUAAGCCUGCUCGAGCUGUGGUAUCCCUAGAACGAGGAAUCAACAAACUGAUUACCGACGCCGCGUUUCACAUCCUGAACGCCUUUUACGGGACGACGGAGCGCGCGUACGCUCGGUUCUACGUCCUCGAAACGAUCGCGCGCGUUCCAUACUUCUCGUACGUUUCGAUCCUCCAUCUGUACGAGAGCUUCGGCUGGUGGCGACGGAUCGAGUUCCUUAAAGCCCAUUUCGACGAGAGCGUGAACGAAACGCACCAUCUCAUGAUCAUGGAGUCUCUCGGCGGCGACCGGAGCUGGGUGGAUCGGUUCGUCGCACAGCACAUCGCCGUCGGUUACUACUUUUUCGCCAUUUUCUGUUACCUGAUCAGCCCUCGCAUGGCGUAUCAUCUAUCGGAGCUGGUCGAGGAGCAUGCGUAUGAAACGUACGAUAAGUUCCUCAUGAGCCAAGGCGACAUUCUCAAGACGCAGCCUGCUCCUGAGAUAGCGGUGAGUUACUAUAACGGGGGUAACCUGUACCGCUUCGACGGGUUUCAGAUGCAGGCUGACACGGAGCGGCCGUCGCCGCGCGUGGAGAGUCUGUACGACGUGUUUGUGAACAUCCGCGACGACGAGGCGGAGCACUGCAAGACCAUGCGCGCCUGCCAGGCCGCGCAGACGGGGAAAGGGCUACACGAUGUGGGGUGCUCAGGCGUGGUGGAAUGCGCUGUGAACUCAACUUCUGCUGCAGACAGGAUGCCCACAGAUUGA